CAGCCAACGUGACUACAGAAACUAAAAGAUAAAACGAAAUUCCCGCUCUGAAGAUUUGUGACCCAGCUGACGUCACAGAUGCGCACUGGCAUACCGUUGAGCCACAUGUCACUGAGUAAGCGGCUGAAGAUGGAUUCUACUGCAUCCUGUUCAUCUGAUCCUAUCACUCAAGUAAGCACUGAAGCUCAGGAUGCAUCAGGAGAUAGUGAUAGAACUACACACAUUCAAAAAAAGGAAACAGGACUUAUCUUUGAUGAAAAUGAGAGUAAUUUCAGAGAAGCUGUUAGGUGGAUAGGGUGGGUUGACAAAAGCCUUUUUAUCGCCGAAUUGCUGAAGAAGCCACGUCGUGUGAUUAUUUUUGCGCCCAAGCGUUUUGGCAAGUCUCUGAAUAUAGACAUGGUCAAGUGCUUCUUCGAAAUUGUAGCUGGUCGAGACAUAAGCUAUGCACCUAAGAAUUUAGAAGAACUGAAAGAAUACGAAAAUUUUAAAGCAUUUUGCAGAUAUGGACUGUCACCACCAUGUAAGAUAAUAAAGGAAGAAGAACUUGUUAAAGAAUACUUUGGGAGACACCCAGUUGUGCAUCUGGACUUAAAAGACCUUGAUUGCACUUCCAAAGAAACUGUAAAGGAUGGUCUCAGAGGCAUUGUACAUGAUCUCUAUGUGAAUUUUUCAUACCUGAUGAGGGAAGAACAUUUAGCUGACUCACCAAGAAAAUUAAAAGCAGCAUAUGAAGAUUGUGAAGCAUGGUGUGGUAAGAAUACAUACAUGAGAGAGGAUCCAACCAUAGGUUUGCAAAAAUUGAUUGAAUAUUUACAUGCUCACCAUAAACAGAAAGUGUACCUGUUGGUUGAUGAGUUUGAUGCUCCUGCUGUGAACGCCCUGUUGGCUGGUAAAAGUGGAGGUGAAGUAAAAGAUAUCAGCAAUAUAGUAAUGUCCCUGCUUGGUGCAGUUGUGAAAGGAAAAGUGGCCGAUAAUCAUCUCUUGGGAUCACUAAUUACGGGGGUGUCAUAUCUGGGAAGCAUUGGUAUUUCUCAGCAUCUUAACAACAUACCAUUUUACAAAUGGUUACUAGAUGAUGAUCGGUUUGCUAAAUAUUAUGGUGUUGGGCAUGAAGAGCUUACUACGCUUCUUGAAAGUGUGUUCCCUGAGCAAAAAGAGAAACAAGCUUCUAUCCAACGAGAGGUAUUGGGUCUCUACAAUGGAUACUAUAUUAAAACUGAAGCUGUGUGCUGUUUAUGGUCUGUUUUGCACUACAUUCGACUUCGUGUGGAACUGAACGCUUCUGAGAUCAGAAAGACCAAUUUUUGGGAGUUCUAG